CUAGCUCGCUGCUAGUGGAGAGCUGAGUCAGUAAAGCCAGUUUAGCUAAGCUAAUCAUAGCUCUGAUUAUUUUUGGUAUUUGCCGCGAACCUCAGCUACCUGCACAGAGUCAUACCAGUUUUGUCGAAAGUCUUAGACGCAGCUAUCUCACGUUGGGCAAAAAAGUUACCAUUUUAAUGUCACACAUGACAGCAACUUUAGCUUUUGUGCCAGCUGACUCAGUGUAACUUGAUCUGCCAAAGUAACACACUAUCAAUGAUGCUUCUGGACAUUUCUGAAUAAAUUCUCUUAUUCCACGAGGGCAAUAAAGGCUGAAGUGUAUUAAUUGUAUACUUAGGGUUUCACCGAUCUCAUUGUACAUGCUUAAGGACAACACACGUGACCUCCACCAGUUCUUGGAUGUGUAGUCGUCCUAUAAAUACCACAGUGAACCUCUCACUGAGGCGAGUGGACUGCUACGUCCGGAUCGAGCUGGGGGACGUUACGCCCCACAACAUUAAGCAGCUGAAACGCCUCAACCAGGUCAUCUUCCCCGUCAGCUACAACGACAAGUUUUACAAAGAUGUGCUGGAAGUUGGAGAGCUUGCAAAGCUAGCGUACUUCAAUGACAUUGCAGUGGGUGCUGUGUGCUGCAGAGUGGACCACUCUCAGAACCAGAAGAGACUGUACAUCAUGACACUUGGCUGUCUAGCACCCUACCGUAGACUUGGAAUUGGUACAAAGAUGCUUAAUCAUGUGCUAAACAUCUGCGAGAAGGAUGGAACUUUUGAUAAUAUUUACCUUCAUGUGCAGAUCAGCAAUGAGUCGGCCAUUGACUUUUACCAGAAGUUUGGCUUUGAGAUUAUUGAGACAAAGAAGAACUACUACAAGAGGAUAGAGCCUGCAGAUGCCCAUGUGUUGCAAAAGAGCCUGCGCAGUCCUUGUGCACUGCCCAGUGGAGAGCUUCAGAAGUCAGAGUAGGGGCACAGCGUUCGGAAAAGGCACUAAUGUGGCCGCCUCCACAGAAACAGAACUGUGACAAAUGCCCCAGGAUUCAACACUUUCUUCAAAGGACGCUAAAAAGAGAAAACAAAUUUCAAGCAUAAAAGUUGCUGCAUUUAUUUCACAA